AUGGUUCCAGAUCAUAUCAACGGUCCACCAAGUUUUCAAUGGAAUGGAUUCCGUCCUAGUCAACCAAAACAAUCUGGUGAACCAGUAGAAUCAUUUCCAAAUAUUUCAACUUCUGAUCCAUUAUCAAACACAAUGUCAUCUACUGCUGCUGAUAUUCCACAACCACAAGCUCAUGUUAUUCACUCACCAGUUAAUUCAAUUUCUCACGCUACUGAUUAUCAUUCACCAACAAGUACCAGUUCAAGCUUUUCACAACAGUAUUCGCAUAAUGCUAAUUGGUUAUACGGAAGUGGUGCUCAGAUCACAGCAGUUGGUCACCCAGUUCAUGAAUACCCACUAGAUGCUCAACAUAGCUCAUCAUCAUUUGAUGACAUUGGAACAACAUUAAGUCAUGAUACUAUAAGAUCAGCAACAGAGUCAUCAUAUACAUCAAUGUCAUCCCCAGAUUCUCUUUUAGAAGGUUCUUCACCACAAAGUCAUGGUCAUUCAGAUUCAACUCCUAAAUCACACAGAUAUUCAACUGGUAAAACCAAGAGAUCAAGAAUGGGUUGUUUGACUUGCCGUCACCGUAAGAAGAGAUGCUGUGAAUCUAGACCUAGAUGUACAGAAUGUAAUAGAUUGGGAUUGAAGUGUACAUGGCCUGUUCCAGGGUUAGAACAUAGAAAUAGACCAAAGAAUGCUAAAAUCAAUGAUGAUCUCCAUUAUGAUUCAUUUUAUGGACACAUUAAAAUCUUGAGAGGUAUUGUUGAAUAUAGAGUCAAUGCUGCUUAG